CAUCAGUUGUACAAACGUUUUAUAUAUAUAUUUUUUUUACAAUUUUUUUAAAUUUUUUUUUUUGCAAUUGCAUUUGUAAUUUGAGUUUUGUGUUAAGCCCACGAUGUCCUCCUCUGACAGAGUUGUUUUGGCACUUGGGGGAGCUGGCACCGUUGGGUCAGGAAUUGUCAAAGCGCUGCUGGACAAAGGUUUCCGUGUGGCUGUGAUCUCCAGGGAUGGAAACAGACUUGAAAAGCUGCAGAACUUUGUCACCCCUUCUACCAAAGACCAUCUCUAUACUCUGGUAGGAGAUGUGGGGACUGAGGAAGGAGCCGAAGCAGCUAAAACCAGCCUGCUGAAGAGUGUGGGCAAGGUGACCGACAUCGUGUCAUCACUGGGCUUCAGCUGGUGGCAGGGGGGCCCUCCUCACACACAGUCACUCAAGGAGCUCCAUCAGGUACUGGAAACUCUUCUCUUGAGCACAUUUACUUCCUGGAAAGCUUUUUUCCCAUUGGUGAAAGACAGUGCCAGUGGAACAUACACAUUCAUUACUGGUGGUGCUGGAGAGCGGUUGCUGAUGCCAGGGACUGGAUUUCUCACUCUGGGGGCAGCAGGAGCUUUGGCGUUCUGCCAGGUAGUCAGGGAGGAGUACCCUGAUGUGCCAUGCAAACUGAAUGAGGUGAAGGUAAACAUGGGAGUUGCCAACGCAGAGAGGAUGGGACCGGGUUACAUCAACCACCUGGACCUGGGCGAAGCGGUGGCGUCUCUGGUGGAGAAGAGGAAUACCUCGCACAAAGUGUUCAGCAUCAGCUCCCCUGCUGACCUCAAGACCGUCUUCCUGGAGGGGAAAGUCUAGAUGUCCUGCCAGAGACUGAAUAUGAAGACCCUUUAGCAAUCGCACUUCUGCAAACACCAUAUAUAAUACAUUACAUUGUAGAGCUAACGCAGAUCUUAUAGGAACCAUAGUGAUGACCAGUAGUUUUUCUGUAACCAUAGACAAAUUGUGACCUUUAGAAAAUUUUAACCUCCCCCAGUUUUCCUAAGAAAAGACAUUUUUUGCUGCAUGUCUGGUGCUUCCGUUGAAAGUACAGCAAAUACAAAAUUGUACUCCCUUUUUAUUUCACUAUCUAACAUUAAAAUGAAAUACUGAAAACAGGGAAUAGUACAUUUAUUUACAGUUAUUACCGUGAAUGAACUAAAUCUGUGAAUUAUUGCAAAUCUGUGAAUUAUCACUUUAUCUGGGACCCUCAAGAUGAGCUUUAUUAAGCUUACUUCUCUACAUUUAAAUUAACAUUUGAUGAUAAAACAUAAAAAAAAAAAAAACAUAGUGGAUAAAUAAAAUGACCGCCUUCUAGUUCCAGAACCAAAAUAUUUGUGGUAUAUCUCUGUUGUUCUGUUGAGGCUUACCAAAAAUACAAAAGUAGGUUACAAUGCUUUCCUGCAUUAUUAAACUUGAUAGCCGAUCAUUUGCUUUCACCUUUUCCCCCAAAAAAGAAUGAAUGCCAAUAGUUUACUGAAUGUAUUCCAGUGUUAUUUUAUUUGUUGUUGUUGUAAAAUGUGACAGCUGUCAAAACUAAUAUGGCAGCUCUAACCAUGCAUUAAAGAAAACACAUAAAAGUUGUAUUUCAGUGGCCCAGUGAAUCUGGACACUUUGCUUCAGUGGUUUUGCCUCUUCUCCCCUGUGUGAGAAGAGGCUAUAUCAAUUGACUUGCCUUUUUGUUUUGUUUGCCUGUCAUGUUAUUUCUUUGCAGGAAUUCCAUUUAUGAUAAUGAAAGAUAGCUAAGCCUAUUUUGUAACACUCGCAGUGCUUUUGCAGAGUCAGGAUUAGUCAGUCUGAAUGAUUCACUUCUGUUUUACGGGGUCACGGAUAUGUGCAACGGCAGGCGUCAAUCUCUUUGACUGCUGCAAAAAACAUGAGCAGCACAACCUUAUCACCACAUCACUCCCAUGAGUAAGUAGCAUCAUAUCGCGCAGCUGGAUAUCAAAAUUACUUAUGGCAGACAGAUUAGCCUUUGCUUGUCUUUUUCAAAUUUUGUUUAUAUUUUCUGUAAUUUGUUCAUCAUUGACUUCAAGAUCAGUCCCCCUACUGGUCAUUGUAUGUGUUGUCUCCUAGAUUAUGGAUCAUAGAUUUCAUUUAGUCACAUACAAUUCUACAUUUAACUGAUGCUUGUAUUGGCAUAUGUUGAACACUUGGCACAGUAUCAAAGAUUAACCUUUUCCCUACCAGGAGAGCAUGCAUACAUAAAGUUAAUUCUGUAUUUAAAUGACAUCAUAGCAGAGUUCAUAUCAUAUAAAACACCAGUUAUUACUAGGUGUGCCACUCUUAACUAAUUUAAAAAACAAGUAAAGGGCCCAUUUUGAGCAGUAGCAGUUCCAGUAUUUAGUUUAAUAGAGCAGAAGGACAUUUCAAAAAAUAUAUUAGAACUAACAAUGCUUUUAAAACCUAUUGUUUUUACCACUAGCGCCAGCAAUAUUAACAUUGCCCCCAGAUUUACCAGAUUGCAGGCAUAAACCAACGACACAAAGUGGAAACAUGACAGAGAGUGGUUGAGAUUAGAGUCAUAAAACUUUUUUUCUUUUAAGCACAACUUUCAAAUUUUUUAGCUGUGCAAAUUGUGUAGGCCUCUAAGCAAAUUGCUAAAAAAUAAUACAGACAUGUUCAUUUAAAUUAGUUGUCUCAUGAAACACCGCCUUACAGAAAGCUAUGAAUGCAUACUAAAUUAUAACCUCAGUUAUUAUGUUAGUUCAUUACUUUAGCUGUGCAGUAACUGUGUGUCAAAGCUAACCUAUUCAUCACAAGUAAAUCAGAGCAGGCAUGCAGAUGUCUAUGGUGUGUAUUAAAGCAGUAGAAUAGUUUCAUAUUAAUGCUGUAUGAUAGGUCCUUUGUUACAGGUGAAUCUAUAGGUUCAUUCUCCUCCAUACGUUUUUGUGCAUUUAGUAUUCAAGAUAAAUGCUUGUCUCUUGUAAUGAAAGCUUUAUUUACAGUAAAUACAUUUCAUGCUUCCUCAAAAUCACUAUAAAUUGCAUGCGUUAAGACAUUCUAUUUGUAAAGAAACCAAACUGUCUUAUUGUUUGCAUCUUCUAUAAAAGCCACUACCCUAUUCCAAUGGUUCUCUGUCCAUUUGGACCUUCUUAAAAGUGACUUUGAUCUCGUGUGCCCCCCUUUUUGAAUUUCUAAUAAAUAAUACAGUCAUUA